AUGGCGAUACUCACUGACGAUGCCGACUACGAUGCCGGUGAAACGAUUUGGAAUGUACCACGUCAACGGUUCAACUUUGGAAAUGAUCAUGCAGACAAUGGACCCCGGACUAGGACGAACGAUAGUUCAGCACAAAUUCAUCGGGGUCAUAAAACGGUGAGUCCAGGUCUUCUUCGCACAAUUCAACAGACAAAAGUCCAGGGCAACACUCCUGCGAUAUCCGGUGAGGGCAAUCUACGAAUCCCUUUGACCAACCUUCUCAAACGAAGUGAAAGUUACGCUGCAUUUGUUGUUAUAAAUGUAAGCAUGCCUGAAGAUACCUUUCAUAUUACUGAUCUACUGGUAGUCUCGAGACUCUACUUAUACGAAAAAUAA